AUGGUUGUACCGUGUUCCCUCAGUGAUAGAUAUGCUAGCAAAGAAAUGAACUUCAAUUUCAGCACAAAACGGAAAAUUCAGUUAUGGCGUCAGCUUUGGAUAUGGCUAGCUGAGUCAGAAAAGGAAUUGGGCAUCGAAAUUACUAAUGAGCAAAUCGAGGAGAUGCGAAGCAAUAUCGAUAAUAUUGAUUUUGAACGUGCGGCUGAAGAAGAGAGACAUAGACGACAUGAUGUAAUGGCGCAUGUUUAUACAUUUUCUGCUACUUGUCCUAAAGCUGCUCCUAUUAUUCACCUUGGCGCAACUUCGUGCUACGUCGGUGACAACGCCGAUUUAAUAACUCUUCGAGAUGCCUUCGCUCUCUUAGCACCCAAAGUCGCCAGAUGCAUCGAUCGUCUUGCCAAACUGGCUAAGCAACACCGUGAUCUAGUCUGUCUAUCUCGCACUCACUUCCAGCCUGCUCAACCAACAACCGUGGGACGACGAAUGUGCCUUUGGAUUCAGGAUCUCCUUUUGGAUUUGGAGAAUUUCGAGCGUGCACAGAAUCGCUUGAUUCGAUUUAGAGGAGUCAAGGGAACCGUUGGUACUCAGUCGUCAUUCUGCGAUCUGUUCGAAGGAAAUGAAGAUAAGGUAAAGCAAUUGGACAAGAUGGUUGCUAAUAAGGCAGGAUUCAAGCUCAUCUGGAAUGUAACCGGUCAAACCUAUCCGCGUAAACUCGAUGCCGACCUAAUGUGUAUUCUAUCCAGUCUUGGAUCAACCAUUCACAAAAUCUGCACCGACGUUCGUCUUCUUUCAGGUCUUAAGGAGAUGGAUGAACCAUUUGAAUCCACCCAAAUUGGUUCCUCCGCGAUGCCCUAUAAACGCAAUCCGAUCCGCUGUGAGCGAGCAUGUGCCCUGGCUCGUUUCUUGCAGUCUCAGUGUGUUUCUGCCUUGAGCACUGCUGGUGUACAGUGGUGCGAGCGCUCACUGGAUGAUUCGGCUAUUCGACGCAUCACUUUAGCAGAGGCUUGUCUUGCUGCCGAUGCUUGUUUGGUCAUUCUUCAAAACAUCUUCGAGGGCCUUGUUGUCUAUCCUAAGGUGAUAGAACGCAAUCUUCAGGCUGAGCUGCCAUUCCUGGCAACAGAACGUAUUCUCAUCUUAAUGGUAAGAGAGGCUGGAGCUAAUCGUCAGGAAUGUCACGAACGCAUUCGUGAGCAUAGUCAGGCUGCUGGCAAUGCUGUCAAGCUGGAAGGACUUCCCAAUGAUCUAGUAUCUCGACUAAUGGGUGACACUUACUUCGCUCCUAUUGCCAAUAAGUUGGCUGAAAUACUUGACCCUUCGUCUUUCAUUGGCUGUGCAUCAAAUCAGGUCGAUGAGUUUUUGAGAGAAGAGGUUACUCCUGCUUUAGAGCCCUAUCUUCAAGAAUUAGGAACAACAUCAACAUUAUUAGUCUAA